GCACCAAUAGCCAUUUUAUCUCUUAUGCAGAAAUUGAUUUCAGUGUCGCUUGGCUAUCGCUUAGUAUAGAUGUACGCUUAUAGCAAAUGGCACCAUGAGUGUAAAAUUAGGUAGCAAGAUGCAUUCCAUUUAAUCAAUUCACUUGAUUGAUAAAGAUUUAAAAUUGUCCAAUGAUUUUUCACUGAAUCAAACAUCGUUUAUCUGCUAGAAAACUAUACAAGUAUUCCUGUACCAAGCACUUCAAAACAUUCCUGCGGUUAUUGGAAUAAAUAUAAUUCCAUCAUUCACUGUCGAUAUUUUUGUAUUGAUAUUACUUUGCAAAUAAAUCAGGCCUAUCCUGAAUAUAUACAGUCAGCGUAUAUACUGAAUUAGAACUCACUUGGUUUUAGCAACGGCCUUAAAGAUAACUGCUACUUACUGCAUAUCUUAUAAGCAUCACAGCGCUGACCUAUUCAAGUGAUAUAAGAGAGCAGUGAUUUGCAAGAUAAAAUAUUAUCUCAAAUGCUGCUUAUCCGCUAGUCUGCGCUGAAAUAGACAGCAGUCACGUAAGUGUAAAAGCGCAUAUUAUCAGCUUAAAGCGUUUGAUUAGAUCAUGAGAUAGUUAGUUUGCAAAUACAAAUGAAAAUGUAGAUAUACAUAAGCGUACUAUCAGCAUAAUAGGUGAGCUAAACUGAGGUAAUCGUAAGCACAUGAGUUCGCUAUCUGCGCUAAGCAUGCCUCCGACAAUACCAACACCGACACCAACAGCGACACCGACAAAACGUUUUCAUGUCAUACGGAUUAUUUAUAUAAACUAAACAGAUAAAACCACUUAUUCAAAAUGGGAAAUGCAGGAUACACAUGCAUUCGAAGGACGUUCUGUUGGCUCAAUAUAAUAUUAUGGCUUUGCAGUUGUGCUUUCUUGGGUGUCGGCGUGUGGCUGCGUCUGUCGUACGAGGGCUACGCCACGCUGCUGCCCGACCACCAGGUCUUGAGCGCAGACUCGAUUUUCUUAGCGAUUGGUGUGAUCGGCUUUGUUGUAUCAUUCUUCGGCUGUUGCGGUGCUUGGGUGCAAUCGCGUUGUCUCUUGGUGUUGUACUUCCUGCUGAUUGUCAUGCUUUUCUUGAGUGAAUUCCUAAUCGGUGCGAUUGCUUUCCUGUUCCGCGGCGGUUUGGGACGCACCUUUGCGAACGAGCUGCGUUUCGGUAUCGAACGUCAUUAUAAUGCAUCGGAUCGUGGCAGUUUGAUUGCGCCAUCUGUCGCCGCCAUCUGGGAUAGUUUGCAACAAUCUUUUGAGUGUUGUGGUGUGUCCUCUUAUGAAGAUUGGUACGAUAUUCAGUCGUGGAGCGGCAAACGGUGGGUGCCUGAAUCGUGCUGCCGGCCAUCGGAGGCGCGUAGCAUAUUGACGGAGGGAUCUGGAGAUAGUUUUCUGCGAGUUGAUUGUGGAAAAUCCGAAAAUCCCGCGCUUUGGUGGAGUAAAGGCUGCGCCCACUCGUUGCAAGCCUGGUUCCAGGGGCAGCUGAAUAUCGUCGGCGCUGUUGGUUUGGGCAUUGCAUUCGUACAACUCUUCGGCUUAAUUACGUCGAUGCUGCUAUUCUGCACCGUUAAACAUAAACGUGAAACUGAGACAUACAAAUCCUAUUCGCCAUCGAUUGAUCCGCAGACACGAACGAGUAGCUGGGAGGACUGAAGCCGACUUUAGCAGCGUGCUAAGAGCAACGAUAGUAUUCUUAUCAUAUCUUAUUGAUUAAAGACAUUUAAUUAAGAUAUUUAUAUAACACGAUUUGAUGCAAUGAAUAACGAAUAGCAUAAGUUACUAAAAUGCUUGAUAAAUGUAUUUAGUCAUACAAUUUUUGCUAACUUGUAUGCAAAUUGUGCCAAAAAUAUUUGUUAAGUGUCUUACCCGGUUCGGCGUAGGCAAUUGUAGGUUAUUUAUCAUAAGAUGCUCUUUAAUGUUCGAGAGCAAUACUCAAGCUAUCUGGAAAAAGAAA